AUGCGCUACGUGGCCGCUGACCUCCUUGCUACCCUCGGUGGCAACAGCAGCCCAUCUGCAAAAGAUCUCAAGAGCAUCCUGGGUAGUGCGGGAAUUGAGGCCAAUAAACGAUUGAAUAAAGUCAAUGCUCUGCAGGUUGGACAUGCCAGAACUGAUCAGGAAGUGGAUUAUUACUACAGAGAAGCUGGACAAGACUUCACAGUGAGAUGCUCCUUUGACUCAGACGAAACAUGGAAGAUCUUCUGCAGAGAAAACUGUGAAGGAGAAAAUCUUCUCAUUAAAACAAAGAAGGACACAGACAAAAAAGGACGAUACAGAACUGAACAUAGCAAAAGAUCUUUUCUGAGUUCUCCUGCUGUGUCUGUGAGCAUCUCAGCCGUGACCCAGUCGGACUCCGGACAGUACACAUGUGGUUUGGGCGACUCUUUAUCAUCAGCUUCAUUCAGAGGUUUCAGACUACUUGUUGUCGACGCGCUGCUGGAUGGAAACAAAGACCACGUCUUCUUUAAAACAGCCGGCAGCUCGCUCACUGUCGGAUGUCGCUUCAGUUUCUCUGGAAGAACAAAAUCUUUCUGCAGAGGAAAAUGUGAAGGAGACAAGAUUCUUGUUCAGACUGAUGGAGUCAGAGCUCAACGAGGUCCAUACGGGGUUGGCUAUGAAGAAGGAACAUUUCCAGUUUCUUCUACAAUUAUUUAUGUGACCAUAGAGCAGCUGACUCCGUCUGACUCGGGACAAUACAGGUGUCACCUGGACAGAACCAUUGGGACGGAUUCGUACAGCAACUUUAGAGUCUCGGUCAUAGACG